UGGCGAGCAGGCUGCGCCAGAUUGUGAGAGAGCCGGCUGGUGAAGCCCACCCUUCUCUUCCUCGCCUUCUGCUAGUGUGUGUAUGUGUGUGUUUACCUGUCGUUCUUUCGGUUCACUUACUCUUUCGUUUUCGUAUCUCGUAUCAUGCUCCGCAAAAUGCACCGGAGGUUUUCAUUCUUUUCUUCACCGCCAGCAAUUGCGGCGUCACUGUUGCUGGCGGGCUCGACAUUCGCAAUCGAGCUCAAUACCACCGACACGACCUCUAUCUCCGCGGCGGCCUCAAGGGUCGCCUCGGGGCUGUUCAAGAAUUAUUACAAUAACGCAUCUACCGCCGGGCACUUUAACCAGCCGCAGCCUUGGUACUGGUGGCUCUCGGGGUCGGGCUGGAAUGGCCUCUUGGACUAUACGGUAUAUACCAGAGACACGCAAUAUCAGACGGCUCUGCUGGCCGCCAUAUCCGAUAACCUCGGCUCGGAUUUCGAAUUCGCCCCGGCGGAGCAGCAAAGCUGGGAGGCUAACGAUGAUCAAAUGUACUGGGUCUAUAAUGCGUUGACUGCGAUGGAAUACAAUCUCACGGCCGUUGACGGUGCUCCGUCGUGGGUGACUGUCGCCGAGAAUGCCUUCAACGCCUUCGCGCGGAGGUGGGAGGCUGACAGUCCGACAUGCGGCGGAGGCUUGAAGUGGCAGUACACCGAGACUGCCAACGGCUACUUCUACAAGAACGCUGUCACCAACGGGGGUUUCCUGCAAACCUCGGCCCGGCUGGCCCGGUACACGGGCAAUGCCACCUACGCUGAAUGGGCCACGAAGAUCUGGGACUGGUCUGCUGCGGUCGGGCUGGUCGGGCCAAAAUUCAAUGUCUUUGAUGGCACAUCGGAUGAAGGGGCUGACAACUGCACCCAGAUGUCUGCGGACCAGUGGAGUUAUAACGUAGCGACAUUCAUGAUGGGCGCUGGAAACAUGUACGCGUACAACGGUGCGAUGGGGUUCCCGGAGCAACAGGUCAUCUGGGGAUCUCGAGUGGAUGGACUGGUGGCCGCGGCAAACGCGACCUUCUUCUCACCACCGACGAACAACGCCACAGGAGUCAUGUAUGAACAGAAAUGUGAGGUCACAUCUGCGUGCAACCUUGACCAGACGAGCUUUAAGAGCUCCCUCUCGAGAUGGAUGGGGAAGACGGCGGUGCUCGUACCACGCGUUAGGGAUGAUAUUAUGGCACUGCUCGCCACCAGUGCGACGGCAGCAGCUGCGAGCUGUACAGACGGGACCUCAGAAAUCUCGUGUGGGAUGAAGUGGUGGACGGCCGAUGGUUAUGAUGGGUACACAGACUUCGGCUCCCAGCUUAGCGCACUGGAGGUCAUACAGAGCCUGCUGGUGACGAGCACGGCCGAGCCGGCGACGCUGAUUCCGGCGGCAUAGUUGUGACGGAGUUGUGACGGAGGAGUUUCUUGACCGGGGGCUUGACCGGAGGUACAGGCGGUUUUGUCCCUAUGUAAAUAUUUGCCACGUCGCUGAAAGCCCUCUGUCGCCUCAUGUGUGGACUUUUGGCGUCCUCGACUGAGAUAUGGGCAACCUGUACUCCCCACUAUUGUUCCAUUGAUAGCGCUGUGACUGAUAGAAGCAGAGAAGAAGCUGGUACCCUCAACCGUUGGGUAUUCCCCAUCCGUGAAUAUGUAAUCCGACUUAUCAAAAGGCUCGGAGCCAACUGAUAUCCCAGGAUGUGUCUUCUAAGCCGCGGGCCCCUUCGUCCCAUGUCAUUGGGUGUAGUUGGGACCAGGCGGUGUCAGCUGGAGAUGAGAUGGCGGAUGCGGACGCCGACUUGACCGGGGAAGCCAGAACAAUCAACCCAUCGAAGGCAGCACAGAGGCGUGCCUGCAGUGCCUCUCGCACGAGGCUGCAUAUACUCGCGGGUCUCGUGGUAAGUGCUAUUUUUGUACUAUUUAGUAACGCAUAGGGCGGACAAACACGGUGUGCCGGCAUGUGGCGCCCGGCGCGGACAUAGUCGGGGGUGGGUUUUGAUCGGCUUCUAGCCGUAGCCCACGGUCUGAG